AUGCUAGUAGUCCGACAGAGACAGCUGAAGAGCGAUAGAGAGAUAGACAACGACAGUGGCGCGACAGGCAAGUUUGCAAGAUGGCGACAUAACGAUAACAUAAUACUUUUCGUAAGUGAUAAACUAAAAAAAUGUCAGCAAGUUUUAAGUGUACGUGUGAAAUAUAAAUCAAAGUACAGUAACAUUGAGCUGCCCACGCAAAUAAAUAAGACAGAUGGAUAUCAUAGACAAUGUUAUAGUAGUUUUACUGCUUUGAUGGCAAAAUACCGUGAUUCAUCAUCAGAAACAGAUUAUGCCAGUAACUCCACUUCACUCACUUUGUCACCGAGUACUCCAGUAGAUAUUAGUGAAACUGUUCUAAGAAACGUAACUCAAAGCUCCUACAGUGAGGUUGCUUCUUCAAAAGAUGUUGCUCCUAGUUCAAAUAACCAGAGCAUAUCAAGACAUCCUGAUUUAGAUUUUAACCGCGAGACAUCAUCAGAAAAUGCUGCUUCAAAUUUAGAUAGUCAGACAACGUUAGAAGAUGUUGCUUCCAGCUCGACUUGUGAUUUAAGUAUCAAUGAAACUAACGUUUUUAAUGAAAUUCCUGACACUAAUAUUGAAGAUAUUGGAAAAGAACGACAACUCAAAAAUGUUUGCUUUUUUUGUGAUAAAGAUCGUAAACAGAAUAAGGACAUUCCACAUACUUCUUGGCAUGAAAAUCGUAAUAUUCAUAAAUAUAUUUUUAAUCAUAUUGUAUCAACGGUAGAAGAAGUUUUGCAAAAAAAAAAUUGUGUAUUGUUAUCAUCUCUCUGUGAUACGUACAAUCAUUAUUUGGAAUAUGAGCAGAAACUAGACCCUCAGUCAGAUAUUAGUUUAAUAACUAAUCAUUAUCUAGAAGAAAAAAUACAAAAACAUUUUAAGAAAAGUAUUAAAUUUAUAUCGAAGCAAAAGAAGAAAAUUAUCAUUCAUAAAGAUUGCAGCUUACUAGAAAAUGAUUUUACAAGACUUGAAGAAGACAACUUAAUUGAUAAAGUUGCAUUAACCUUGCGAAAUGCUAUUUUAAAAAUUGAAAAAUCAAAAUUACCAUUGAAAAUUAAAACACAUGACUUAAUUACUGGUGAAUGCGUGAUUCUUGAUAAAUUAAAUCGAUUCUUCAAAGUAUUGAUGGGG